AUGGCAUCGAAUAAGCGUAAGCAAUGGACAUACAAAGAGAGAUACGAUAUUGUCAAGUUUGCCGAGAGUCAUCCAGAAUGGAAAAAAGUAGAACUAGCUGCCAAAUUUGAUAUAAAAAAACAAACAUUAUCUGACAUUCUGAGAAAGAAAGUUGAGAUUGUUUCUAUUAUUGAAAACCCUGAUAAAGUUGCCAAGGAUGCAGGCGGCGUCAAGCGUGUUCAGAAAGUCAGUUACAAAGAUGUGGAUGUGGCACUUUUAGUGUGGUUCCGCCAAAAGGCAGCCUUGCUGGACAUAAGAAUUGAUACAGAAAUGCUUCGGCUGAAGGCUGAGUAUUUUGCUCGCCAGCUUGGACAUGAGGAUACCACCAUAUCUGGGGGCUGGAUCGAUCGUUUCAAGAGAAGAUGGGGCAUUGGAAAGGUGCUUAAGUGUGGGGAAGCUGGUUCUGUGGAUCAAAAUGUUGUUACUGACUGGCAGACAGGGAAGUUAGCCGAUAUCUUGAAGCGUUACAAAGCAGAAGAUAUUUAUAAUACCAAUGAGACUGGUCUGUUUUAUAUGAUGUUACCAGAGAAUGCCCUGGGCUUUAUAGGGGAAACAGUUCAUGGGGGUAAGCAGAAAAAGACCAGGAUUACCCUAUUAGUUGCCGCCAACAUGGAUGGGUCGGACAAACUUCUGAUGUUCAUUAUCAGUAAGAGUCAGAAGCCACGAGCAUUCAAAGGUUGCAGGCAGAUACCCCUGGAAUAUACCGCAAACAAAAAGGCCUGGAUGACCAGUCGUUUGUUUGAAGAGUGGCUGAAGAAGCUUGAUUCUCGUAUGGUGCGUGGAAACAGGACAAUCUGCAUGAUUGUGGACAACUGUCCAGCUCAUCCUGAUGUUGACCUACAGAACAUCGAGUUGGUUUUUCUGCCGCCGAAUACGACAAGCGUUACCCAGCUCAUGGAUGGUGGGAUCAUCAAGAACCUGAAGUUCUACUAUCGAAGGAUUCUUGCUACAAGGAGGUUGGAGGCAGCAGAAAAGGAUGAACAGUUCAAAUGGGACCUCUUAGAUGCAUUGUUUGCAAUAAAGACCGCAUGGGCCAACGUCAAGACUAGUCCGAUCAUCAAUGUCUACAGGUAA